UCAGAGUAACGCUGCUCCAGAUGUGAACCUGAUGUGAGACAACUUGUACAACGCUGACCUACAGCUCCGACCACACAACUGCACAAGAUGUCUGCUGAGCUCGUCUUUGCGAGUGCACCGGGUGGGACCGAUGGAAAUGUUCAAGGCACCACACUCGGGGGCAGCAAACCUUUACACCGCUUCAUUAAGGGGCAACCCAAGAUUAUUGGCACCGUUUUGCUGGUCUUGGGAACGUCCAUCUUCAUUAGCACCAUUGCACUGAUGGCAGAGUCCAUGCACUACCUCAUAUGGACAGCCAUCCCGCCAAGCCUCUUGAUGGGGAUACUGUUCAUCAUAUGUGGGAUUCUCUAUAUUCUGACAGAGCACAACCCCACCAAGAAGACAGUAACCAUAUCUUUAGCUCUGAGCAUCAUCGCCAUACUGGUGACAGCUUGGUCACUCCUGCACACUCUGCCCGAUAUUGGACACUAUCACUACAGAGGGAGCUACUACCAUGAAGAAAACGUCACAGACUAUGAAUUAGCAUGGUCAUCAUAUUAUGAGGCCAUGGGAAUGUCUUUUGAAGCAAUCCUUGUGUUCUACUCUUUUGCCGCUGCAAUUAUUUUCAUUGUAAUGUCAGCUCUGGCCGGGGCUGCCCUGCGCUCCACAAAAAGUCAGGCCAUCGUAGUGAUGACCACCACGUCGACUGAAACGCCGGCUAACCAGUGAACGCAGGAGGACUGAAGUGUGACGCAUUUAGCAGAGAGAAGAAAUAUGAAGCAGACAAAGACACAAAACUAUCUCUCUUUGUUGGCACCACAAGUAUUAACCACGUCUCACCAGUGUUAUCAUUGUCUACAACGCAAUAAUGUGUAUAAAUGAUACGUAUUGCCAUGCGGUGAUUCUGUGAUUUCCAUUUCCUCCACCAUGUGAACACGAUACUCACCUCCUUUGACAUUUGCCCCCAGAAUCAACAGAACGGUGGCAUUGAACUUUCCCAGCAGCACAGACCGUUAACAGCCACUAAUGCAACAGUCUGGCAUUGGCCGAGCUGUCUCCACGCUGUUUAUUAUGUCAUAUAAAUGUCAGUGUAAUAGGCAUCCCAUGCCAGCGGUUUAUGGGUCAUUACUAACGGCUGUAUAAAUAGUUUAUAGAUCUUUUACUAACGUGUGACACAUAAGUUAUAAGCCAUGAUAAAAAAAUAUCACAGGAGCUGAAAUCUGUCUUCCUGGUGUUUAUCCUCCAUCAGCUCUAAUUCAUUUGGAGGAUUGAGCCAAAGGGCUGUUUGACCAGACCUCUGAAUCUCUGCCCUAAUCAAUACAUUUUCAGCCAUUUGAAUGGUUUAUUACUGAAGCCAAUGUGUUGAGCUCAUUGCUAAUUGGAAACACACAUCCAGGUUAAUAUUUAGACAUUUUAAAUGACUGAGAUGCUGUUUUUCCUUUUAUCCAAACAACAGAGUGGGAGCUGCAGAGCAUGAAGAUGUAACAUUAACAACUCCAACCACCUCUGCUAAGCUGUUACAUGUUUGUACUAUCUGCAGUGUUAAAUACAGAACAGUUCCUUCCACGUUCCCUAUCCUUUAUAGAACAAGUUUGGCAUUGAUAAGACGGGACACGCAGAGAGCCUCACGGCUGCCCUUGACACUUGUUUCUUCCUUCUGCUUUUUUCUACCUUCAGCUCGUGUUUCACAGCUCUCUCUGACACCCGAGGUACUGUCUUCACUUACAGGGGACAGUGUGUGAGACAUCACUUAUACAUUUGUCACAGUGUCAUGUGUAAUGCUAUGUAAUGCCUACUGAGUACUGGAUGGAAUGAAGUUGACUUGUAAAACUCU